ACAACAAAUUUCACCAUUUCUGAUUUGGCAAAUCAAUCAUCUCUUCCUUUAAACCAACGUUUGCAUAACAGUAACGGUCAAGGAUUUCAACAAGGUCAAAAUCAGCAUAAUAUAUCAUUUAAUCAAAUGCCAAUUCAAUCAGAUCAACAUAUGCAUCAGUAUCUUCCAUCUCAUCAACAGCAACCACAACAGCCACAACAGCAGUCGCAACUGAUUCAACAAACCCCUCCUCCUAUCCAGCAACCUCAACAACAACAACCACAGAUUACCCAAGUUCAACGCAUGGGUCAACCUACUCUCCAACAAAAACGUCAAAAUAGCAUGUCUAACUAUAUGGUUAAUUCAUCAAAUAAGAGACUUCCAAUACAAAUGUCAAUGAAUAUGCAAAGUCCUCAUGAUUACAUGUAUAAUAGCCCUUCUUCUGCACUUAAUACGCCUCAUAAUAAUUUUGAUCUGACUCAGAAUCUCAUAUCUGCACCCACUUCUCCUCAUGUUUCAUCACCUCGUUAUAAUAAUUCACUUGGUCGCAUCAAUGAUAUGAGACGGAAUUUAGUUCAACAGCAGCAGCAACAGCAUAAAACUCCUACUCCUUCCGCAUAUGAAAUCCCUUCAAGUCCUAAUAUUAACCCUAUGUCUAAUUUCUCAAUUCAAAACCACUCCGAUUCUCCUGAUUCAACUCCAGCGGCAGAUCCGGCUGCAAAAAUUCAACUGGAUAAAUCACAAGAAAUUUCCAUGAUCAACAACGAUUCCAGUUUCGUAUCUUCCGGUAAUGUGAGACAACCACUGCAAUCAUUGCAGCUGCAGCAACAAGCUUCACUGGUUCCAAUGAGUCAAGAUCAAUCCGAUCAAGGUGGUGUUUCCACUGCUCAACAACAAAAUCGGAUUAUGUCAGAAGAUGAACAAAAAUUGGCUACAAAAUUAAAAGAAACCUAUAAAAUGAUUGUGACUUACGAAGAGAUUGUUCAAAAAAGUUGUGUUGAUAUUACAAUGAAAAUCAAUCAAGCUUCGAAUGGUAACGGUAAUAACAUCCCUUACGGAAAUCAGUUUACUGGGAAUUCUAAUUCGUCAUCAUCAAUAUUAUCCAAUCAGUCUAAAACCUCUGAACUUUCAAAUGAUUUGUGGACAGUUUAUCAUAGUAACGUGACCCUUUUGGAUAAUUACUAUGAUUUCCUCAUAACUGCAUUAAAACCAUCUGCCAAUCAAAAUCAAUUCAAAACUGGGAAAAGUAUCGUGGACUUAUAUAAAAUACCAAGACGUAUGUGGGUAUAUGGUAUUGUUGGAUUUUUGGAAGUUUUGAAAAAUAUAAUUACUAUUUUCCAAGAUCAUGAAAUAUGCCUGUGUUUCAUUGCUUUUUGCUUCAAUAUUAUAUCAAACCUUACUGAUCCUGCUUUCGAAAUGGAAGGCUGGUGGUGUGAAAAAUUAGGUGAUUUGUCAAGAAUGGCCAUUGCCUUAUACUCAUCAAGAUUUAUCGAUUGGAAAAUCAGUGCAGAAUAUUGGUACUCAAUUGCAAUGAAAACUUUAUAUGGACACGGUAAAAUUUACUAUCAUAUGUGUACUGUUCAACAAGAUAACUUAGAUGCUUUAGUAAACAUUGGUAAAGCCGUCAUUUGUCGUGAUCCAUUUGUUCCCACUCAACAAUAUUUAAAACUAGUCGUUGAUAAUAUUUGCACUCAAAGAAAUAUUCUUACAUUAUUGGAAUUACCAAUAAUUGAUUUCAUCAAAAUUCAUAAAGUUUUAUUAAGCAUUCAUAAUCCAAACAGUAACAAUUCUCAAAUAGUAAAACUGGAAAAUGAGGACAAUAUUCAUGAUACACAACUGCAAUAUGGUAUAGACUUAGUUACAAGAUACGGCUUGACAUUUGGUAGCGACUCUAAUGGUUAUAAUUUUUUCACUCGUGCAUCUUACACUCCCUCAGGUAUUAUUAACGAUCCUCAUAAUCCCUACUAUAUGCAGCAACAGCAAUCUGGCACUGCAAAUACAAUUGAAAAAAUGAACUUUUGGUUCAAUAAAGGACCAUUAUUUGCCAUAGCAAACAUUAACCAUUUAGUUGGUUUAGGUGAUGCUAAAAAUCCAUUUGCAAAGAUAUUUCAAUUACCGGAGGCAUUAAAGGAACGCAAAGAUAAGAAAGAUAAAAAGAGAAAGUCCAAGAGUGGAACAUCCGUACAAGAACAAGAAGAACUCAAGGAUUUUGCAUCCAGUGGAACAAACUUUGCUAAUAGUGGUGUUGACGGCUUAACAGUUUCUGCAUCUGAUUUAUCAAUCAAUGAUUGGUUUUAUUGUUUGAACUACAUCAAUAAGUCUGUUUUAGAAUUGUCAUUUCGUAUUUUGAAUAACUACCUCGUUGGUCCAAAACAAGCAUCAACUUCUCACGUUAUUGUGUGGUUAUAUUUUUUGAUAUCCGUUGGAGAAGCAAUAAAUAAGUUUCCAAAUUCACAAAAUAUGUUUUUAUGGUUAUUCCGUAAGUUAUUUCCAUGGGAUUCCUUCAUUAAUUAUCUUAAUUCAUUGGUUACUGUGACCAAGAAUAAUGUGAAACACAACGAGUUAUGUCGCAAAUAUCUCAUUUACCAUCCAAAUUAUAUUCAACAUUUUAAUAAUCAUGAAUUUUUACCAGAAGUAUGGAAAUGCUGGGGUACUCUCUGGUUUGAUUAUGUUGCUGCAAAAGAUGACUAUAACGAUUUUGAAGCUGCUGGUGUAAGCAAUGCAAAUAUAUUUGAUUUGCCUGUCUGUGGUACUAGUCCAAUUGUUAAUAUGACCAAUGAAAAGAAAUCAAGAGAACAGCUGGAGCAAGUCAAUGACGAAAGAAUAGUUCGUAUCGUUUUAUUGGCCAGAUUCUUAGCUGAUAAUUAUAAAUUUGGCUUGGUAAGAACUAGUGAAGGGUUUAAAUUUGAUUCAGCCAUUUAUAAUGACGCAGAUUUGUUAGUCAAUAUGGGAGUUCAUCAAAAUAAUAUCUUAUAUUCCUAUAUUGAAGAUUUCAUGUUUAGUGAUACUAGGUUUGUGCAAACUAAUUUUUUGAUCCCAAUGUCACCAGCAAAUUUAGUUGAUAGUAAAAUGAUGGGUCAAAUGAGUCCCGAAGAGAAGGAUGAACAUUGGUUUAAGAUAAGUCAACAAGGCAAUCCAAAUAAUGACGAAGAAAUUGUUGAAUUAGGUGACGAUAUUGCAGAUGAAGAAGAAUUAGAUGGAUAUGCUGAUUCUGAACUAGACGAAGAAGAUUCUGAAUAUGGCCAACAAAAUAAUCAUCGUCAUGAAGAUCACAUGCAACAACAUCAUAUUUAUCACCAAAAUCAACAUCAACAAGCAUUACAACAAGCCCAUGGUGGUGGUGCUGGUAUUGGCGAUGUUUAUUACAAUGAUAAUUUUAUCAUUGGCUCGAAUCCUAUGCAAUCAAUUACAGGUGGAGGUAAUGAAAUACAAAUUUUUGGAGAUUUAGGUGAAUUGAUGGAUAGUAAUAUUACAUAUAUUACGCUUGAUACCAAUAUAUGGUUAAAACACUGCGGACGGAUUUUCAAGUGUAUUAGAAAUAAGAUAUUUAAAAUAUCUAUUCCAUUAAUUGUUUUCCAAGAGUUAAGAUCACUUAGAAAACUGGCUGAAGCCACUAUAGCUGAUGCAGCCACCAGAUCGGUCAUAAUCAUUCGGGAAUUGUUUUUAACCAAUGAAAUUGUCCCAUUAAGAUUUGAUGGUACGGUUGCCAAUGAUAUUAAUGAAACUACAGAAUUUGAAAAUAAUUCAAAUUGGAGAACAAGUGUUGACGAAACCAUAUUAAAUUCAGUAAACGAACACGAUGAAAUUUGGAAAAAAUUAAUGAAGGGUGUCAAUAUGGUAUUAAAUGGACCACCUAAUAAUAAUGACGAGAUCAUCAGGCUUAAUCCUAAAACUGCCAAAGUAUUCCGUUAUUGCAUUUUGGUUACAGAUGAUAGAAAUAUGAGAUUGAGAGCUAAGACUAUUGGUUUGAGUAGUUUCCAAAGCAAAUGGCUAUUUGGUCAAUUAGAGGUUAUUUUCGGAGAUCGCUGUAUUGACUAAGUCUAGACAUCAAUAACACUUCCAGAACUAGCAAGAUUAUCUCAAUCAACAAUCCCAAAGUAUCACUAAAGGUACUGCUUCAGUCACUAGGCAAAAAAGAAAAAAAAAAAAAAAGAAGGAAGAGCAAA